AUGAACGAGAAGGCUAUCUUGCCAGGCUCCCUACCGGCUCCCCGUCCACAGUCGCCGCGUAAACACAUUAUCUUCUUUGCACUGGGUCUGGUAGGCUUUGCUGCCUUAACUCACUGUGGAUGGCAUGCAUCCAUGGUCGAAUCUACACUGCUUGGCGAAUCCGGAUGCGCCCAAGUAGACGCCCUUUCCCCUCAACGUGAUGCGAAGCUUUCGUCGACUAUCAGUGAUCUGUUGGCGACGAAAGAGUUCAAGGAUACUGCGGUUGGGUGGUUGUCUGGAGCAGUUCAGGUCCCCACUGAAGUAUACGAUGCCAUGCCGGAGGUGGGCCAAGAUCCUCGCUGGGAGGUCUUUGGUCCCUUCCAUGACUACCUCAGCAAAGCGUUCCCGCUAGUCCACAAGACGCUCUCACUCACUAAGGUCAACACAUAUGGCCUCUUAUUUGAGUGGACCGGCGCGGAUUCUUCCCUCAAACCGAUUUUACUCGCCGCUCAUCAAGAUGUUGUUCCUGUUGAGCCAACAACAUAUGCUGAUUGGACACAUCCGCCAUUCUCUGGCUACUUUGAUGGCGAAUUGAUUUGGGGACGGGGUUCUAGUGAUGAUAAAAGCGGCUUAAUUGGUAUAAUGUCAACGCUCGAAACUUUAAUUGGCCAGGGUUUCAAGCCUGCUCGCACGAUAGUUGUCGCAUUUGGUUUCGACGAAGAGGCUAGUGGAUUGCAGGGUGCUGGGGCACUUGGCGCUGCAAUGCGCCAAACUUAUGGCGAAAAUCAUCCAUUCGCUUUCAUUGUCGACGAAGGCGGGGGCUUCUCAGAUAAUUAUGGGACCGUUUUCGCGACUCCUGCUGUGGCGGAGAAGGGAUACCUAGACGUCCAUGUCGAGGUGACUUCCCCGGGAGGACAUUCAUCUGUCCCUCCGGAGCAUACGACAAUAGGAAUUCUUGCCAAGCUGCUUGUCAAGUACGAAAAAAAUCCCUAUAAACUUGAGCUGUCUCGCAAAUCAAUUCCCUAUGCGCUGGUCCAGUGCCAUGGCGAGCAUGGGGCGACAAUGCCCGAACGUCUCAAGAGGCUGAUCAAACAUUCUGCUCACUCUGAGAGUGCCUUGCGCAAGCUGGAAAAUGUCUUGUUUGAAGAGAAAACCUUCCGCGCCCUGGUCGGAACUACGCAAGCAGCUGAUAUCAUUCACGGCGGCGUGAAGAGUAAUGCACUCCCAGAGCAAGCUUAUGCUCUUGUCAAUCACCGCAUUUCGACAGAAAGCUCUGUGGAGGAAACAAUGGCGCACGACACUGCACUCCUCCAAGGGCUUGCUGAACAGUUCAACCUGUCGUAUACUGCGUUCGGAAAAGUAUUCUCUGAAGAGGGGCCUCCUGCUUUUGGGACAUUAACUUUGAAAGAUGCCUAUGGCACAUCAUUGGAACCUGCUCCAGUCAGCCCCAUUCGUGGAUCAGGCUCUGAGGCGUACCAGUUGCUUUCUGGCACCAUCAAAGCUACCUUUGCUGCUCACCGAUCACUCAAAGAUGGCAGUGGAAUUGUAGUAGCCCCUGGAAUGAGUACGGGAAACACUGACACGCGUUAUUACUGGAAGCUGUCGCGGUCAAUAUUCCGGUACAACCAUAAAGGCACUAUCGGACUGAAAAAUAGACUGUCUGGGGUUCACACAGUCAACGAAGGCAAGUCCGCGAUGAGUGCCGACUCAUUGCUGGAGGUUAUUCGGUUCUUCACGACGCUCAUCCUGAAUGCCGACGAAGCGAUGUCCAUCUGA